AUGUCAUCGCCUGAGCGCAUGCGUCAGACUGUUGCCGCCGUCGUAAAGCGAUUUAUCAACAAUGAGGGUGUUAACACAAGUGAAUUGGCAGAAAUCGCAAAAACAAUGGACGAAAUCGGCACAAAACACGGCUGCGACUUGAUACCCGAUAUAGUGCAGUGUUGUUUGGCAAUGGCGGACAAAAUACGAGAGAAUAAGGCCUUGCCUACGCAGGAACACGACCAGCGUGGAAGGAUAGCGGGCUACUCACUGACUAUUAACGAGCUGGCAGAGCAAAACAGGCAAAAACGCGAAGAGUGCUACAAGCUCAUCUGCGGUUACCUACAGACACCGCUGGACGAACCAACACGCACGUUCAACGAAGCAGCCCUACACGACGCAUUGCAGUCGGAGAAUGCGGAAUGGCUCACCUACUUCUACACGUGGCUUACGGAGAAUCCCAAGUACAGGCUGUUGUUGGUCUCCAUGGCACCGGCCAAUGAAGACUUGCUCAGGGACCAUAUACACGCCGACUAUCGCAAGGCCAUGGGAACGUUAAUAAGAGCAACCACACCGGAACAAGAUCAGAACCAGGCAGAUGUCCUGGACAUCGCGGAAAACUGGGCCAAUUAUCAGGUGCAACGCAAGCAACACUAUGCAGGGGCGUGUGUCCUGUUCUCGCUGGCUAUGACUGAAGGGAACAUUUUUAUUGGCAAGCGAAUCGAAUACUUCCGCAAGGCCAAAGCGUACCUAAAAGUCGCGAAGUGGAACAAUUGUCAAGAAAGCCGCAGCACUGAAUUCGACGAUUGGACGGGGGCCAUUACCGAUAGGAUAGCGCUUGCUGAGUUACAAAAGGAAAUGCUGAAAAUGCUCGACACCUUAGCUGUUCCAUCAGAUUUGGUCAAGACAGUAGAGGCCACUCUGAAGUGUAAUCUCUGCGAUGUAGACCAGCUCUGGGGCACAGUGCUCGUACCUCUGCGCAUGAACACCAUGUGUCUACGCGUACUCGCACUUGCCGACAUCCGUGAUCAACGCAGAGUGUUUCAUCUGUGGGGAAACCUGUUGGAAGAAG